UAAAUUACCAGUUGGCAAAUGUCAAUUUCCACAUCAUACAUUUUUUUCUAGACUUAUUUUGAAAAGUGCCAUUUAAAAUUGUUGUGAUGGAUUAUUAAAGGCUUUUUAUUGCAUACAUUGAAUGCAAAAUCUUUUUCGUUAUUGAAAUUCGCAAUGUUCAAGAAUUAUCUCCAUAAAUGGUUGCAAAAUUGCACUAAGAUUGUGGAAACAUUAUAUACAAGACAGCAAAUUGACGCAGGGGAAUUCUACGACGAUUUUAAGAAAAACGCAAAUUUAAACGUUUUUAAAGCUUGCAGCGAUACAAGUGUACUGACGUAUCACGUAACAAGCCUCCACGAUUCCAAAGACGAUCAAACAUCCGAUCAUCUUAUCAGAAGGUGCAGCUCACAAACUUGUCUUUACAAGGAAAGUAGUAAGGAUUGCACCGAAAAUAUAUCUUUCGUAAAAUUAGAAGGCAAAAUGGCUGAGGAACAUUUAGACAUAACCAAUAAGCUGAAAGCCACCAUUCCAGUUCAUUCAGGAGGUGAAUUCGGGUACGGUAAAAUUUUGGACAUUUCUUCAAGAGACGGACACGAGUUUAUUAUUUGCGAUAGACUAGGAAGGGAAUUGAGAUGCAAAAUAAACAGCGAAGAGGAUUUGAAGGAGUUGACAGAAAUUUUGAAUAAUAAAAAAGAUUUGAUAAAGUUUAUUGAAGCGCAGACAAAAGGACCACAAGGAAAAAUGAUUAAAGAAGGUGAAAAUCGUGAUGAUAAUUCAGAAAUUGAUUUUGAAGAUGCUCAAAGCGAGUGGAGCGACAAAAAAGAGAAGGGGCUUGAUUCCAUUUACGAUUUGAGAAAUUUUGUGACAUUUGUCAAUGAAACCAGAUCAUCUAGAAUCGAUGAAAAGGAAGAUUAUGAUAUUAAAAUAUUAGGGGACGACUCUAUUCUUAAUUUUCUCAAAACCAAUUUAGCCUUGACUGACCAUAAAAUAAUUUACACACCACGCGAGCGACAAUCGCCUGGAAGACAACAACACCGAUGUGAAAUCGGCGAAGAUUAUAAAAUGCUGUUUGUCUUGCUACCACAGAACAAACAGUUUUCAAAUAUUUCGAUUGAUAAUAGAAGUUCGCCACAUACUGUAGACAGUUGUAUCAUGGAAGGAACCAAAUGUUCUGCGAAUAAUAGUUUACGAAGAAGCACUAGUUUUACAAGAACAACAAAAGCCUCCGACGAUCCAUGUUCAGGAAAGAAAAUUAAACCUGUCGAAAUAACAAAUUUAAAUAAGAAACCCGCAACUCAAAGACCCGAUUCGGUGAAGAGAUCGCGGUGGACCAACACAGCAUCAACAUCAAGUUACUACUCUUCAUUGUUACAAAAAAGAAAGAACAAUGCCAGCGAGAUUAAAAUAACUGCACAAAAAAGUAAUCAGAAUGUUGACCCCAAAACGAAGAACAAUUACGCCACUAAAUACGACAGACAGAUCAAGAAAUUGCCUCUUUCACACAGUACCUAUGAAGAAAAACUAAAGGAAGAAGUGCAGAACAAGAAGAUUUCUCAAAAAAACAAUUUGACUCCUAAACGUCGUAAUUGUUCUGCACAAAUUGUAGAACCAGAUAAACAAAAAACGAACGUCAUUUUGAAAAAGAAACCCGCACCAUUAAAACCAUCCCCGUCUAAACCUGUUGAAAAAACACCUAAACCUAAUCUCCAACCAGUAAAACCUGUAUCAAGUAGAAUUACAUCUUCAUCAAUAAAAAAUAGAAACGUCAGUAGUCCUGUGAAACCUAGUAAAGGAAAAACAUCUUAUACGUCAACAAAAAAUGAUGUCAAUAAAGUCCAAAAAGAAGUAAUUCAAAACGAAAUUAAAAAAGAUACUCAAAAUUCAUCACAUAUACCGAUACUUAGGGAGAAAAAGAAGAUAAGUAGUGAAAAUAUAGAGCAAUCUCAAUCAUAUACAGUGGAAGAAUUAGUCGAAAAUUUAGUUGAAGAUUUAGUCGAAGAUGUUAAUAACCAAAACUCCGACUCGUGGAUUCAGUCUUUAGAUAGUGAUACUCAAAUUGUCGCAGCCUCUGAGAAGUUUCACAAGACUAUCUUGAAUCAUCGACCAAUCGGAAAUUUGGAAAAGUUAUUGCAACUUUUGAAUCAUAUAACUUUAUUGAUAAAGAUAGACAACAGGACUGGGAAGUGGAAUGAUACUAACGAAGUUUGGAAGGAUGACACAGAAAUGAAAACAACAUUGCUACAGAGUAGGAAACACGGAACAUGUUACGUCUACAAAGUAAGAUAAUAGAGUAAUUGCUGU